AUGACAAGUACACCUCAAGAAUCCUCUAAUUUGAAGAGACAAUUAGAAAACAGUGAGGACUCCAGCUCACCAAAUAAGAAAUCUAAAACAGAGACUACCACGGAAAACCAGAGCUCAUGGGAGUCUGACUUUAAUAGUUUACCGGUGGAAUUACUACAAACUGAAACAAAUGGUACAUCACCAGCACCAGCACCAGCAACACCGAUCGAUACCACCAAUGUAUCAAACUCAAAGGAACGUGAUCAGGAUACUUCUAAAUUAAAUGAUGCGAUUGCUGCUGCAGGAGUUGAUAUUCAACAAGAAGAAGAGAUAUUAUUACAACAACAAUUAAAUAGAAAAUCUGCAGAGGGUAUGGCAAGCAAUCUAAAAAGUGUGAUCAGGUCCAGCAAACUGCCUCCAUUUCUACACAAUUACCAUUUAGCUGCCUUUAUUGAUAAAGUGGCUAAACAAAAUGGAAUUCAACAGAAUUUCUUAAUGGAUGGUGAGAUGUUGGAAUUAAUUUCAGCUGCUUGUGAGACUUGGUUAAGUAAUCUAGCAACAAAAACGAUAAUCUUGUCACGCCACAGGAGAAGGGGAAUACCUGUUAUUAAUAAGAAGUCAGGAAGUAGUUCAGUUCCAAGAUCAGAAAUUUCAAAAGAAUUGAGAAGCUUGGCCUUAAAACAAAAGGAAAUGGAAGAGAAACGAGUGAAUAAAAGAGUGAUGUUGGGGUUGGAAAAAAGCACCAAAGACGCAUCCAAAAAUGACGAAAAUGGUGAAUCAAAAGCUGGUGCUGAAGAAACAUUACAUCGUGCAGCAAAUGCUACAGCUGCAAUGAUGACUAUGAAUCCCGGGAGAAAGAAAUAUAGUUGGAUGACUUCAAGUGCUACAGCAGGCGGUGGGUCAGACUUUGGUAAAUCAAGUGGUGGCUCAUCAAAGGACUCGGGAAAACACCAAAGUCCUAUUAUUUCAGUACGUGGUGAUAAUGGCCUUAGGUUUAGAGAAAUAAGGUCAGGUAAUUCCAUUAUUAUGAAAGAUUUGUUAGGCGCAAUUGAAGAUGAAAAAAUGGGUACGAGAAAUGCUGUAAUAAAAGGAUAUGCAAAAUUGAAAGAUUAA